GUUUGUUGAUGAACAGUCAUCGAUUUGAAGAUGCGGCGAAGUCGAUUUUCGCGCUUUGCCCAGGAAUCACAGCCAUCGACGAUGACGACAAGUUCGCGAUGCAGAUAAAAUAUACCAAUGCGAGUUACACGGUGAAGCCAUUCCCUCCUGAACGAGUGCGUCGUUUUGUGAUCGGCGAAAGUUUGCCCAAUGUUCUUCUUAUCCGGCUGAUUAUAUGCUUCAUUAGGCUGGGUCGCAAGAAUCUCGCUCCGCAAUUAUAUUUGGAUGUUGCACGUGCUUAUCAUUCUAUUGAUUGCAUUGCGCAUGCCCAAAAAUACAUGGAACAUCUUCUGGAUCGUGCGCAUUUCGCAAAUAACGCCGAAGCAUGGUAUCUCUACGGACUUUUCCUGGGGCCAUCUCACGUUGAUGCGCGCAUCAAUUAUUCCACCAUGCAGCAGCGACUGGGUUUAUUCAAUGAAGCCUUCGAAACGUUGCGAGAUUACGUACUCGAUGCUGGAAGCACAUUGCCGUACGGUAAUCAUUUGCUAUAUUUAAACUGGGGCGUUAGGCAAACACAUAUAACAUAUGUAAAGUGCAACACAUAUUUGGUUAUUUCCACGCCAUAACC